AUGCAACUCCCACCAGUUCCGUUCCUCCUAUUUACGAUCGCAUUCCACCGAUUUUCAGCGGCUGACACCAAUCUGAGCGCGAAGGGCAGACAUGAGAGCAUGAGGAGACCAUCACCACACCCGAAUCUCGGCUUGCUGUCGCUGUUUUUGGGUAUUGGUUGGCAGGUAUCUGCAUUAAAUGAUGGGCUAGCUGGUGUGGCAUCACAAAACGGACACACGAUGCCGUUGCGGAAUUUAUGCGAGGAUGCUACAAAUGAUACGGAUACGAUAUCUCAGCAGGUGUUAUCGACAAUGUUUGACGAUGGAUAUCACAAAAACACUUUGCCGAGUAAAAAUAAGGCUACAGAAGUCGUCAUCGAAUUCGUAAUCCAAAGCAUUGGCCAAAUCUCCGAAAUCACAUCCGGCUUCACCUUGGAUAUUUUGUUCAGUCAAAUCUGGCACGACCCUCGGCUACGCUUUGAACAUAUGACUCCAUGCUUAUCGAACCUGACGCUUGGCUACCAAAUGGUCGAUCAGCUCUGGACGCCGAAUGUGUGCUUUGUUAAUUCGAAAAAGACUGAGAUCCACUCCUCGCCGACACCUAAUAUAUUUUUAAUGAUUUAUCCAAAUGGGACGGUGUGGGUGAACUAUCGUUUGCAAGUGAUUGGGCCUUGUCAGGUCGACCUCUCCCUAUUCCCAAUGGACGUUAUGGUAUGUGAGCUGGUGAUCGAAAGCUAUGCCUACAAUUCGGCCAAGGUCGUGCUCAAUUGGCGUGACUGGGCACCGGUAUUUUCCAUAGCCAAAUCAAAACUGGCCGACUUUACCCUAUACCAAAUGCGAUGGACGAAGAAUAAUUUUGAAUACGCAGCCGGGCAGUGGGAUCAGUUAACCGUCGCAUUAACAUUCUCACGAGCCUACGGUUUUUACAUCCUUCAAAUGUAUAUGCCGACCUAUUCCUCUGUAUUUUUGUCAUUUGUAUCGUUUUGGAUUGAUGUCAAGGCCUUACCAGCGCGAAUUACUCUUGGCGUCAGUUCAUUAAUGGCUCUUACUUUUCAGUACGGAAACGUAGCCAAAUCUCUGCCAAAAGUCGGCUACGUCAAAUCGAUAGAUGUUUACAUGUGUCUGGCCACUGGAUUCAUCUUCUUUACGAUGAUUGAAGUAGCGCUAAUUUGCUACAUCGAUAGUCUUAAUAAUAAGGAGAGGAAGCAGCGUAAGGCUCGGGAAAAAGAGAAGCGGAUGGACUUGCUGAAAAACAAAACUUCGAAGCGGAAGCCGAAGGAGAUAAAGAAUAAUUAUGGUGCUAUAACAAUUUCGAAUGACAUGGCAAAUGAUACGGAUAUAAGAGCGGGGAAGGAAGAACCGUUUACGGAAAUCCGCGAAAAUGGCACUCGAAAAGAAAGUCAAGCCCCAAAAGAUGUCAACCGGAUGUUCGAAAGCCUGCACGCCCUCGCUGCGAUGGGUUUAUUAAGUGAAGAUGAACCAGAUCCAACAUGGACUGCUGAACGUAUCGACCGAAUUUGCAGAAAACUGUUCCCCGCCUCAUUCACGAUCCUGAAUUUCAUCUACUGGGUCUACUACCUCUACCACAGCCAUCAGGCCGAGAAACAAGCACUGAACGCGAUUAACGAUAUGAGGGAG